UCCCUUAUUUGUUUCCCUUCUGAUAAUUUUAUGCUUCUUUCUGGUCAUUCAUUCUCACGAUUCACUUCCUUUUCUUUUAUAAUGAUUACUUAUAAUGAGUAUUCCCUUCAAAUUGAAUCUGGUAAAACCCUAGGUGUAGAAUGUUUUUCUUUGUAAAUCUAAGUCUUAAGUCACUAGUGAGUUGAGCAUGCUAGGGGUUAGCCUUUUGUGUAUCUUACUAUUUUAUUGUUUGAACACAUUAUAUAUUUUCCUGUGUUUUCUAUUUUUGAUUUCAGAUUGCUUUUUAUAUCUUCAAGAACUUACCCUACAUGUGGAAUUACGAAAUUUUCAAGACUUCAAUUAAUUGAUUUCUUUUUUGCUAUAUCAUGGCUGGACUGGAAUAAAAGAUUUCAAUUCUAUUUAACUUAAAAAUUUUCAUUUUAAAAGAAAUAGAUAUCAUGUAUCAUUUUAUAAGAAUUGAAAUGAAUUCUUUUCUUGUAAAAUGAUUUAUUCCAAACAAUGGGUUAGCGUCUUUCUUAUGUUGUUCUGUGUUGGACAUCACUGAAGGAGGUAUGAAGUUACUGAGCAGUUCUCACGUUUUGGCUGCGCAUCUUCUUGUGAUCUCUCUGUUCUUUAUUCGCAAGGAUUUAUGACAGGAGAUUUUGUGGUGUAUAUUAUAUUCAUCCAUCCAACAUUAGGACUGAGGAACAAAAUCUUUGUAUUUUUGUUAACUGAAAAGGAGCCGCAGGACCUAGAUUUAUAUGGUAACCAUUCUAAUUAUGGUGUCCUUGUAAUUAUAUUAAGUUGGGACUUGGGAAGAGCGUCUAUCUAACAAAUUUGUUCAGUAUGGGUUCAAUUGAUAAUAGCUGGUGGAAACCGGAAAUCACAGGAUGAUAGGAUGGAAGAAUCUGGAGAAUAAUAGAGUAUAUAGAUUGAUCCAAUUUUGACAUCAUUUUGGGCAGCUUUGAGUUUUUUAUUUGUUGAUUGUGGUAGUUCAAACAAACAGAAAAUUGUGCUUGUUUUCCAUCAGUAGUUGUGGUAACUCGCAUAUUUGUAUCAAGCUAAUGUUUUCUGGUGCUCAACUUGCAAGAUGCCACUCAAUUUGUAGCCCCUCCUUCAGGCCAUUUGGCGCUUGAUAUAAUUAUUCCAGGAGAUUCAUGCACCUUUGCAAUAGAUUAAUUUGGUACUUGGUUCAAUGAUAACUACCGUAGCUUUUGGCUAGGCCUCCUAUGUUGCCAAGAAUUUGGUGUUUGAUUAUCUGCAAGUAGACAUUUCAAUUGGUGGUGCCGUAAAUCAUUGUCAAUAAAGUUCUCAUUAGUACCACUACCCAGCAUUAAUAUUUUAUUUUCAAGGGUCUUUCUCCUUUCAGUAUGAUCAGAGUAAAAAUGGAGUGGUAUGGAAAAUGGAGGAAGAGGAAUAGAAAAAUGAGAGGGUAUGACGACCUAUCUCUUGGCUUGUUUCAUGUCAAUAAUCAAGAGUCCCAGAAUGUGGUACACUUGGCAGAUACAUGCCAUGUAUCACUUAAAGUGAUUACAUCUCUAGGUGCAAUACCAGCAAAAUGGUUGCUGUUGGGUGGGAUAUUGGUAACCUUAUAUUGGUCCUUCCUUUGUGAUACUUUCAAUGGGCUUAGUUACCCAGCUAUUUUUGUUAUUAUAAUUUUUUGCUAGUUGAACUGUACAGAAAAUAGAAUCCAAACCACAAUUAGUGUUAAUCUUCUUCUUCUCCCUCUCUUUCAUUCUUCCCCCAUCUUUUCUCUUUUCUCCUAUUCUUUUGGAAUAGGAGCUUUAGGAAUUGCUUUAUGUUAGGAUCUGGGAACCCUAACAGAGAAUUAGAAGGAAGGAGAAGAGAGCAGAGAGAAUAGGCAGAAGAAAUUAGAAAGAUAGAAAGAGAGAGAGAGAUUAUUGUAUUUUUUAUAAUUCUGGAAUAGAAACAAAGGCUGUAGCUAAUGAGAUAUAUAACUGAUCCCACUAACUGUCACUCUCAAGUUCACUUGGCUCAACAACUACCACAACAGAAUUAGUUAUUCUCUCAACUAACAAACUCCUUUCCCGCCACUCCUAGAACUUUCCCAUCAAACUUUGUUAUAUGUAACACUUUAAUGGACUGUAGUUCUACUGAUUGUUCUUGAUCACUGUACAAGACGAGCCCCUGUUAUUUAACAAUGGUGGUUUUUUUAUUUUUGGUAUGUUUGUUUUCCCUGAUGCUUCAUGGGGGUGAUGCUAUUACUGGAGGCGUAAUUAGAUUUUACAAGCUGGUGUGGGAUUUUAGUUCCAGCAAUUAAUUCAAAUUAUGUUGUCAAGGACUGAUAUUUGGAAGCAUUGAUAAUGUCUACUUCAUAUCUCCCUGCAAAUACUGAUUCAAUUUCUCAGGCUUUAGAAGCAAAAACUCCAUCUGAAUCCAUUUCUAUCUACUACCGUAUACUAGAGAAUCCAUCUUCUUCUCCUGAUUCUCUAAGGAUUAAAGAACAGGCCAUCACGAAUCUCUCUGAUCUUCUCAGACAGGAGAACCGAGCAGAGGAACUUCGAAGCCUUCUGACCCAGUUAAGACCCUUUUUUGCCUUGAUUCCAAAGGCAAAGACUGCUAAAAUUGUUCGUGGGAUAAUUGAUGCAGUAGCAAAAAUACCAGGUACAUCAGAUCUACAGAUUUCUCUUUGCAAAGAAAUGGUGCAGUGGACCCGCGCUGAGAAAAGAACUUUUCUCCGGCAGAGAGUUGAAGCAAGGCUUGCAGCUCUUUUGAUGGAAAACAAGGAGUAUUCUGAGGCAUUAAAUCUCCUUUCUGGACUGAUCAAGGAGGUGAGACGGCUGGAUGAUAAGCUUCUACUUGUGGACAUAGAUUUGCUCGAAAGCAAGCUUCACUUCUCCCUAAGAAACCUCCCCAAGGCCAAGGCUGCACUGACUGCAGCUAGAACAGCGGCCAAUGCUAUUUAUGUUCCACCAGCUCAACAGGGCACCAUAGAUUUGCAGAGUGGGAUCCUUCAUGCAGAAGAGAAGGAUUAUAAAACUGCAUAUAGCUACUUCUUUGAAGCAUUUGAAGCUUUUAAUGCUCUUGAAGACCCGCGAGCAGUAUUUAGCCUUAAAUAUAUGUUGUUAUGCAAAAUAAUGGUAAACCAAGCUGAUGAUGUUGCUGGAGUAAUAUCAUCCAAGGCAGGUCUCCAAUAUGUGGGACCUGAGCUUGAUGCAAUGAAAGCUGUUGCUGAUGCUCAUGCAAAACGAUCACUGAAGCUCUUUGAGAUUGCGCUUCGGGAUUUCAAGGCCCAACUAGAGGAAGAUCCAAUUGUUCAUCGGCACCUAUCUUCCCUGUAUGACACUUUAUUGGAGCAAAACCUUUGCCGGCUAAUCGAGCCUUUCUCCAGGGUUGAGAUUGCUCAUAUAGCUGAUCUGAUUGAACUGCCUGUGGAUCAUGUGGAGAAGAAACUGUCUCAGAUGAUUCUGGAUAAGAAGUUUGCAGGGACUUUGGACCAGGGUGCUGGAUGCCUCAUCAUUUUUGAUGAUCCUAAGACUGAUGCAAUCUACCCGGCAUCACUGGAGACUAUUUCUAACAUCGGUAAGGUAGUUGAUAGCCUUUAUGUAAGGUCAGCCAAGAUAAUGGCUUGAAGUUCUAGAUGUAGAGGCAGUUUAGCUGUCACCAUGUUCUACUUCCCAGUUCUCAAUGCACUUGGUAGACAGAAGAACUCAUUUCAUAUGUAUACAUAGCCCAAUCUGGUAUGGGUUAUUUCAUAUCUGCAUGUCGAUUAACUGAUUCCAUGGAAUUCUUCUUGAGCAUUUA